GCAAAAAACUCAUUCUUACAACUGUCAAAAUCGUCCGCUGAAAUUAUAACAGAUAUGACAGACGUGCUUAUAAUUAGAGCUCGAGUGAUAAUUGGUAAAGUGCAGUUGGUUUUAUCUGAUGUUAAUAUGAAAUUCUAGAAGCAACUAGUAUACACGCUAUCAAUACAUAAUGGCCCUUUUGGGAGCGCAAUUGGUUAUCACACUGAUCAUGGUCAGUGUGAUUCAAAAAGUGAGCCCACACUUUUCGCUGGCCAAAUGGAUUCUCUGUUCGACCGGUCUGAUUCGUUAUUUGCACCCAACGGACGACGAGCUCCGGAAACUGUCGGGUGUACCUCGCGAGAAGACUAAGUCGAGAAAGGAUAAACGGGGCAACGGUCAUGUUGAGGUCAGCGAUAGACCAUCGACAUUCCACGUCCCGCGAAGUUUGGACGUGCAACUGGAGACUGUCAGCAUAGCGCCUUACGACAUUAUCCAUUUGCGGUACUACACCGAAUAUCAGUGGAUAGUGGAUUUCAGUUUGUAUGCGACGAUCGUUUACGCUAUUUCUGAGACAUACACGUUUUUCUUUCCGAUGAAAGAGGAGUUUAACUUGAGCAUGUUAUGGUGUUUGUUGGUCAUCUUUUUUGCAUUCAAAUUAUUGGCAUCGCUCACAAUCCAGUACUUCCAAAGUGAUGAAUCUAUCGGUGAACGGUCAACUUGUAUUGUGACGGGACUUGUAUACCUAUUGAUAGCAAUGAUGAUUUUGAUUGUGCCGGAAACGACAUUGGAGGUUGGUCUAGUACAAGCGUACAAGAGUUUCAAUGAGAGUGCUUCUGUAUUUUUGGAAUCGCAAGGAUUGCAGUCUUCCGGGCCAGCCUCCGAAAUAGUGGUAAAGUUCUUCAUUGCUGUCGGCUGCGGUAUUCUAGGAGCUCUGUUUACCUUCCCUGGACUUCGAAUGGCCAGAAUGCAUUGGGAUUCGUUGAAGUUCUGUCAGGAUAAAGCAUUGCUUAAAUUCGGGCUUAAUCUGAGUUUUGCAAUGCCCUUUCUGUUGGUACUGCUGUGGAUCAAACCGCUAAGCAGAGACUAUCUAACCGUUCGUGUUUUUUCUGGAAUGUCUGCUCCCCUGCUCUCAUCCGAAGCAUUUGAAACCAUUCGCUUGGAUACGGUGGUUUUUGCUGUUCUGCUUAGAUUCGUUUUGAUGCCAGUAUAUUUGCAAGCGUAUCUCAACCUAGCAUACGAUAGAAUCGAGGACCAGAAAAAGGAAGCAGGUCGCAUAACGAAUGUUGAUCUGCAGAAGAAGAUCACCUCUAUUUUUUACUACCUCUGCGUCGUGACUCUGCAGUAUGUAGCUCCAAUUCUGAUGUGCUUGUUCUUUACGCUAAUGUACAAAACUUUGGGCGAGUACACGUGGACCGGGUUUUUGAAAGAGGCACUUCCGCCAAAUGAAUGCUCCGCUGAUUUGGAAACUCAGCGAGCAAUGGAAGUCGCGGCAGCUGCGUCGUUAGAGAGCAACGCUAGCUCGUCGGAUGAUACCAGUAUUCUGUCCACAGCGGAAACCAUUCAGCUAUCGCUGCAAAGCUUGAAGUCCGUAUUUACCAAAGAUGUGUACCGGGGGUUGCUCGGUUUUGCCACGUGGUGGUGCUGUUUCAGUUGGUUUGCAGCGACCUCAUUGGGAAUGGUUUAUCAGUCCUACUUCACCAAGUCAUAAGCGGAAGGGUAGUAUUUAAUAGUGUAAGACCAACUGCGCAUUUAGUUUAGAGAUAUGCAUUUUGCAAGAAGUUCGCCGUCAGCGAGCACACAACGUUCUAAGCACAACUCGUUGAUAGUCGAUUGGAAAAGUCAUGGUAGAUUAAUCAUACAUUUGCUGCCCAUAAUCACAAGUCGGACCCAUGUUCUAUGGGGUUCCUUAUCUACAUGGGACUGACUUGCGAUUAUAGGUAGUAUGGUAGAACAAGGAAAAGCUAUAAUUAAAAUCAUAUGUAAUAGGUUUGGAUAAAUACAGUUUUUAAGUUUUUUGGAUUGUUAAUUUUUUGUGCAUGUCGAAUAAUUUUGUGUUAAACAAUAAUAAUAAUACGGUUAUCACAGUUAUGUCACUUGGUCAAUCCGAAAUUUUUAUGAUCUUGGUCUUUCGCUGAUAUUACCGUUACAAGAACACCCACACCAACUGGGCCUACUGGAAGUGUCAUACGUUACUAUUCAAAUCAUUGAAAAAUGCGAAGUGAUCGAUAUUUUGCAAUACAUUUUUGAUAUUUGUUGAUAAACAAAAAGACGUUUUUGUAUUUGCACUUUUUUGAAGGCAGAAAUAUAAUUUGAUUGUAAAAAAUGACUUGAUAGCUUAUUUCGUUGCGAAACGUGAUCUUCCUGAAAUAUUACAAUUCUUUGCAAGCAUAAAUAAAAUGGUACGUUGCUGGCAGAGCUUAUGAUCCCAGUAAAAUGAUUUCAUACACUACAAAACAACUAUGAUGGAAAUCACUUGAAUGGCGCUGCGUUAUACUGGGAGAUACA